ACACACAGACACACACACACACACACACACACACACACACACACAAACGGAAGCGCGCGGCGCGCGCGCUUUCACUGUCCACUCCAGUGCACGCCGGUCGGAGAGCGCCGUCCCGCUCGGCCAGUCCCCUGGGCCCUGGGCCCGGAGGCGUCCCCGCCUGCUCCUGCUCCGGGCAGACUUGGGUCGCGGGGAGAGGAGAGAAGGCCGGGAGCACCGACCGGGAGCACUCGCUGAGCACUCGUCGGGCACUAGCCGGGAGCACCGGCCGGGAGCACCGGCCGGGAGCACUCGCUGGACACUAGGCGGGCACUCGCCGGGAGCAUUCCCUGGGCAUUCGGCGGGCACUGACCGGGCACUAACUGGGCACUGACCGGGCACUAACCAGGCCCUCUCCGGGCGCUAGCCUGGCCCUCUCCGUGCACUCUCCGGGCAGUCUCCGGGCAGUCUCCGGGCAGUCUCCGGGCACUGGCCGGGCACUCUCCGGGCGGCGCGGGCAGGACGGCGCGCGCGGGGUUAAGCGUCCGCCGAGCAGCGGCCCCCGGCCAGGCGCGGGGAGGGGCGCGGCGCGCGGCGGCUGACGUGGACCAGCUGCAGGUACCGGAGCCGCCAGACACUCCCGCGUCGCCUCGGACCCGGCUCCCGCCGCAGCCGCUCCCGCCGGCAUGAGCCGCGCGCCGCGCCCUGCGCUUUGAGCCCCCAGCGCGCGCCUUCCCUCGGCCCUAGGCGCCCCGCCACACGGAUGUGACCCCCCUCCCCGUGCGGGAAUGAUGGGGAUCUUCUGGGCGUCUGUUGGAUUUGUUUUCUUUUCCGUUUUAUAUGUACAGCAAGGGCUUUCUUCUCAAGCAAAAUUUACUGAGUUCCCGCGGAACGUGACUGCGACCGAGGGGCAGAAUGUGGAGAUGUCCUGCGCUUUCCAGAGCGGCUCGGCCUCAGUGUACCUGGAGAUUCAGUGGUGGUUCCUGCGGGGCCCUGAGGACCCCGAGCCUGGCGCCGAGGUGGCCGGCGCGCAGGUGGAGCCGGUGCCCGAGCGCGACCCAGACGGCGACGGGACGAAGAUCAGCACAGUGAAAGUCCAAGGCAAUGACAUUUCUCACAAGCUUCAGAUUUCCAAAGUGAGGAAAAAGGAUGAAGGCUUAUAUGAGUGCAGGGUGACAGACGCCAAUUACGGAGAGCUCCAGGAACACAAGGCCCAGGCCUACUUAAAAGUCAAUGCCAACAGCCACAAUCGCAGGAUGCAGGCCUUUGAAGCUUCGCCCAUGUGGCUGCAGGACAUGAAGCCCAGGAAGAACGUCUCCGCAGCUGCUCCCAGCAGCCUCCACAGCCCUACGAACCAGCGAAUGCACUCCACCUCCAGCCCUCAAGUGGUAGCCAAAAUCCCCAAACAAAGUCCACAAUCAGGUGCGAGGAUAGCUACAAGCCAUGGACUUUCUGUCCUGCUUCUUGUUUGUGGCUUUGUGAAGGGUGCUUUGCUUUAAUCUAAAGUGCUGACUUUUUUCCAAUAUCACUUUCUCUUCUUAAAGCAAAGAGCAAAUCGUCUGUAAAAUCUACGGAGCGGACAGCAAAGUUGACCCUAAACUCCAAGCACCACUCUGCACCCACUGUACUCUAGUUACCUACACAGGAGCGCCUGCUUCCGGAGCAUAAACGAAGAGGCUAUCACAUGCUUUAUUCAUAAUAUUUUCUUUGAAAAAUCACUGAUCCUUUAUUUCAAGAAAAUUAGUGUGAAGUGGUAGAACAUUUUUCUAAUAUCAAGAUCUAUUUUUUCCCUUUCUUUUGGCUACUUGAAAGCAUCAUCUCACUGACUGUCAGGGGUUGGUCUGAAGGUCAACAGGAUAAUAAAAAUAUAUACCCGUGGAUACCACUGAUUUCCAACUAAAAGGCCAAUAUCUUCAAGAAGCAAACAGAACGAAAGGAAACAGAACACAAGCUAUCAUCAAAUAAAACUCCCAUUUGUGGGGGUAGGAUCAAAAUUCUGCAGUUCAACAAGGAGAACAUUCUUUUAAAUGACAAUUAACAAAAGAAAUACUUUUAUUUUUGGUUUUUCCCUGGAUAGUUUUUUUCUUGAUUAUAGUUGUUGUUCUAUAUGAUGGAAGUGCUGAUCAUGGCCAAUCCUUGUCAAUCCUGGGCGGUUUAUAUAAAUACAUUUGAGUGUUCUGUAUUUCACUGUAUUUUAAUUCAUUUUGAAAUUCCUGUAUAUGCAAACUUGACAAAUUCUGUAAAUUGCUUACAGUAUGUGUGAUAUAACUUCACAGUAGAUAGACUAUGACUCUCAUGCAAGCUGAUUUUUUAUCAUAUAUAAAUAUAUGCACAUAAAUAUCUAUUUGUUGGACCACCAACUUUUUUGAUAAAAAACCCUUUGUUUCCACAUAUGAUUCAUAUAUUGUGAAAUUCAUAAGAUAUAGUUUUACUUCUACAGGUUUGACAGCUGCAGAUGGCCGCCGUUGCCUCUGCUUUCUUCUGGAAAAAUGCAUAUUAGCAUAUUCAAAAUUGUAUUAGUCUCUGAUUAGUUAAUUUCUUGUGUGUAUACUGUGUCAAAAUUUUCUAUGUUCCUUUAUAUAUGGUGUUUAUUGAGGUUUGGAGGUUCUUCACUCUAAAGAAAGUAUAGUAUCUGGUUUUGACAGCUAUUCUUGUCCUAUUAAUAUUGUUAAAAUAGAAUGUCAAUUCUAGAUUACUUAGGAGUUUAAUGUGGGGAAGGUAAAGUGGUCAUCAUGAUUCCCUACUUUCAUGGAAGAGCAUUUCUUUCUGCAACUAAAAAUGCUACUUUCUUUAACUGUUAUGAUUUUCUGUAGCUUUGUCAUUCUGUUAUUUGCUGCUAAUUACAGUUUAAUGUCUCCUAACUAAGAACUAAAAUGUGACUUGGCAAAAUAUAAAAUGUAAGAGAUGACCGCAAAUCCCUGACUGAAGAAGAGGUGUUCAGUUUUCACAAGUUAAAAUAAUUAUAAUUUUAAUUGUGCCAUUCUUAUUUUGGCUUUAUAAUAAUUCAGAGUAUAUAUUUGGAAUCUGCUUUCUAAUCUGGCAAAGACUGACAGGCAGAACUAUUAGUUGUUGCAUGUCACUGUGGAAUAGAUACGGGUUAAAAUCUAAAUGACAUGAGUUUUCCUUCCAGAUGCUUUUUUUUUUUUUUAAGAACAAAACUGGAGGCUCAUCUCCAGCUUCCAGACUAAGGUCCUAACUAAAGCUUAAAGGUAAAGAAUACCUCUGCUUUUCAAAGGUAAAUGCAUUGAUUUUCCACAAUUCAAUUACAACUAGUGUGCAUAUUUUCAUACUAUUUUUAGCUUUAUCUUCUAAGAAAAGAAAUGUUUCAUGCUAAAUCUUUUAUUGACAUUUAUCUGUUCAUUUGGUUUCUUAUUUCAGUCUAGUAAAAAAAUAAAGAUUUGAUUAUGCUAUUUUCCUAACCUACAAAUUAAUUUUCUCCCAAAGUUUAAUACCUAAAAUGUGUAAAAUUAUGGUAACAUAAGUAUCUUCUAUUAAGUAUUUCUAGACUUAAAAGAUUAUAUACACUCAAACAGAAGUUAGUAUCCUGAGUCUAGUAAGUCAGACUGUGAAAAUAUGCCUUUUGAUUUAUUUUUACCUGAAAUUUAGAACAUGAGAUCAAUGUUCUUUAAGAUCAAGUUUUUUAGCAAGACCCACCCUCUUUAAGCAGGCACAUGCUAAAUUAAAAAGAGUUCUCAUUAAACUCAUUGUGUCAGUGUCUAAAACAAUGAGAAACGUGAAUAUUCUACCAAUACUCUGACUCAUUAACUUCUCUGAGAAAAAAAUUUUAUUCUCCCAAACCUUAAAAAGUUAAUGUUGAGCCUUAAAAAAUGAAAGAGAACACUAGGAAAUCGAGGAAUCUUCUAAUUGUGUCCCUUUGAGAUUAUUAUUACCUGUAUGUAAUCAUGACUAUAGAAACAAAUAAAGGUUGAAAACUAAAUUAUCUGAAUUGCUCUACCUUGAUUUCCAAGGAUAUAUAAUAAUUUUGAUAAGAGGAGAUCACCAAAUAAUGAAGUUGGUUAUCUAAAUUCAAGCCAAUUUUUUGUUUCUGUUUCAAAGACUUGUCACUACUUACAAAUGGAAACAAUUUAGGAUAGUUAACUGAAAGGACUCUAGAGCAGGGGGUCUUGAUCUGUUUCAGUAGGUAAGUUUGGUAUAAAACCACUUAAACCAUAUGCAUAUAUUUGAAUAUGUAUAUUUACUGCACUAUGGGUUGAUUCUGAAAGUGAACUACUUAUAAUUUGCUGCCCUAAAAUGAAAAAUCUUAGAAGGUUUUGAGCACCUAUGGCCUGAUUUUAAUAUCACUGAAGUUGUUUGCCUUAAAGUUAUUGGGAGCAAGAUGUUUAAGUUAAGUAUUUUAGUACAAAAAAUGCUUACAUGUGUAUUUCUCAUAUGUAGCAUGGAAUAAAAAAAAAUUAGAGAAUGUGAAAAUUUUAAAACCCAUUACUUAUCCUUCAAAAUAUAACUUUACAAAAUAGAUGGAUACCAUUCAAAUAAGUUACUCUACAACUAGUCUAUGGGAAAGACAGAGUAUUAACUAUAAUUUAGGGAUUAUUCCUAUAAGAAAAUAUAAAAGCAAAAAUUUCUCUGAAAUAGUAUAUAAACUGAUGACAGUACAUGGAAUUAAAACUAUGAAAUUAUAAGAUAUAUACACAUUUAAGUUUAAUAUCAAUUCCAAUUAUUUUUAGAACUGGUUAUUUCUAGAGGAUUAAUCUACUCUUCAAUAAGUGCCAUAUAUGUCAAAGUUUUGGAAACAGAAUAAAUAGGAUCUCUUCCCUUUAUCCAGAUAGAGACAGAAAGAGUAAACAUUCAAAAAAUAUAUUGUGGGAAAGGAGAAAAUUAUGUAGAAUGAUAAAAAGGGUAUGUCUAGAUGGUAAGGCUAGAGGACAUUUCUCUGAGGAAUCAGCAUUUAAACAAAGAUUAAAUAAUAAAAUAUGAACCAGAGGAGACUGUGGUAACAGAACCUUACUGGGGAAAAAAAAAAUUGAUGUAUGAAAAACUCCCAAAUGUUGUCUACACUGGGCUGACUCAUGGACAAGAAAGAGGCAAUGAUGUUAAAUAAGUUCAAAUCAAGAUCCAAGAAAAGAAAACACAUAAUUUUUAAAAAUUCUUGUACAGACCAUAAUUCUGACAGAUAGUUCAGGUUGUAAUGUAAGAUUCUUUUGGGAACAAUAUUAAAUCUUUCAGUCUAAUUAUACUUUUCUAUAGGAACUGCAGGGAUAUUUAGAGGCCUUUUAUUUAUCUAGUUAAACAUUAAGUUAGGGAACUUAAUUUAACAUUUUGAUAAUUUAGAGUUGAUAAUUUUGAGGAGCAGGAAGAGAAUAAAAUAUAAUUAGGACUGCUUUUAGUGUACAAAUAAAAUAGUUGCAACAAUGGCAAUUGUAUUUUUAAAUUAAGUCAUGAGUAUGUAUAUGGAAAACAAAACCAGGUUGAAAGAAGACUUUUUUUCAGACAUCUGUUGACAGACAUUGUAAUUCAAAGGGGAUGCUCUAGAUAUAUAUACAGAGAUAUAAAAAUUUCAAAUUUUAGAGUUCUCACCAAUGCAAAUCCCAUAUGACAAUAGAGAGUAAAGUAGAAAAAAUUCUAAAAGAAUAAAUUAUAUUUUUAAAUGUUAUAAUCACACUGUCAAAGAAAUAAAAUUACUUGGAAGUAGAGAAGUCCCAUAGUAAAAGAGCACAUAAUUUUUUUAUGAAUACUAUUUGUCCAUAUAUCACCAACUGAAUUAUGCUCAACAUUUAUUAAAAUAAAUAGGAAUACAUAAUCUUCCAUAUGAGCUUAAAAUUGUGCUAAAUCUAAAUAAUUUUAAUUAACUAUACAGAAGAAACAAAAUUCAAAGCAACAAUUCUUUUGUGCAUGAAAUACACUGCAAUAUUACCUGUUUUGCUAUUUUUCUUUUGAUUUUGUUAACAUUUGCACAAAGCACAGAAUUUGUUUUACAACCCAAAAUUCAAAACCAAAAACAUGGUAGGUGUAUGUAUUACAAAAUUAAAUUAAUAGACAUAAAUAAUAAUGUAUGAUACAGAAAUAUAUUUACUUGAGUUCUAAUUUGUUAUAGUCUAUUAUAACAGAUUAGGAAGUCUUUGAAAAUCUAGGAAGUAAAAUGUCUAGGGAAGGGAAAAAUAUGUUCUUUUGCCAUUCAUUAAAGUGAUAUCACUUUUGGCAAAGGAAAAUAGUGCCCCUGUGAUUUUGUGUUUGCUUUAAGUUUAAAUCUUCUUCUGGUUUAUCAUGUUCAGAACCCCUUCCUAUGUUUAGAAGAUUAUCACCACUUAGUUAAAAUCAAAAAGAGCUUCUAAAACAUUUCUUUCUUUAAACUUAGGAAUGCACCAACUAUUUGAAGUCAUUCCCAAGAUCUCUGCAGAUAUACAAAAAAAAAAAUGUAGUGCUGUUCACCCGGGUUAUUGCAAUUAGAAACAAAGUCCAAGAAGGUCAGAAGGAUCAUCUAAUCCAGAUUUGAAUAGUUGCUUAAUCACUAGAUCUCCAAGAAGGAAGUGUAAGAAAACCCUUCUUAAACUCACACUUGAUUUGUUUGGUAAGAAUAAUCCUGGCUUUUUGGAACACAGAACUUUGAACCACCUCAUUUUAGUCACACUUCUUAUCCAAACACAUCCCAAAAGCCAUUUCAAGAAACAGAGACCCUUCCAUUGAAGUGGUCCCUAGUUACAAGAGUAACAUAUGUGGCUGCUCUCAGGCUCUCCAAAAUAGCUAAGAUUCAUAAAGUUACAUUCAUAAAGUUCAUGUGCAUUGAGGAAACAGAAAGUAGCAAGGUUUUUUCUAUAUUACCAGUCAAUGACUCAGAAUUUAUUACUAGUUCCUGGGCUGUGCUAGUCAAAAAUUGAAAGCAGAUUAAUAUAUUUUGUAAAACAUUGUUUUACAAAAUAUAUUAAUUUAUAAUUAUUCCAAUUUAUAAUUAUUCCCACAGCUCCUAAAAACACUUGAAAUGUGUAACUUUAAUAGUGGAAGAAAAUCUGCAUACUCUAUCUUCGAAGGAAAUUAUUCAUAAAUAUAAGAAAGGACCUGAAAGUUUUUUUCUUUACCAAAAUAAUCAAUGAAAAACAAUGACAGGAAUAAUGAUACUAUUAAAAUCAUUGUUGAGGCAUUUACCUCUUUCUUUGGUAAUACAAAAAACAGCAGAAUCUUAGGUCUAAGUUAUCAAAAGCACAGUUAGAUGCUGGGUUACUUACUGAAGUGAAUUAGCAGAGUUAUUAGCACCUGUUGUGCAGUCAGUAAUUUAGCAAUUUUCUACUUUAUUGCAAUUAUCAUAGAUAGAGAGGGUAUUUUUUACUGCAGGGUUUCAUAAGGAUUAACAGAGUAAUCCCAAGCAAUUGAAAAGUGAAAAAAACAUUGUCUUGACACUGGAACAUAAAAUGCAGAAUACACUGGAUUUUUUAUUUUUAUUUUUGACACAGCAGGGAGGAAAAUGACCAUCUUGCUUCCAAGCUAUAUUAACUCCACAUACCCAUUACGUUGAUGACAUCAUGAUGGUAGGAUCUAAUGUCAAGAAGAAAUAACAUCCUGGAGCUCUUAAAAUUCACAUGCCUUUACUGAAUCAAAGAUAAACUUGUGGGGAAAAAAUGGAGGGCUAUCAAGACUAUAUUUAAACAUUGAAGAAAAUGAUGGUAAUUUCAGUCUUUUAAAACUAUUCCAGAAAAUAGAGAAUGCAGCAUGCCUUCUAGAUUGUUUUAUGAAAGUGAUAUUCCCUGCUAGAAAACCUGACAACAGUAAGAGAAAGAACAAUCACAGUAUAAUAUAAGUCAUGCAUAUCGGUACAAAAUCCUCUACAUAAUAAUAACAAAGCAAACACAUCAAUAAAUGUUGUACCACAUGAAGUAAAUAUAAAUUAUUCCAUGAUUGCAAAGGGAAAAAAUAUGAUUCCCAACUAUCUAUGUAUGUAGUGACCUAAGAGCAGAUGUGAGAAUAAGAUGUGAGUCAAAUUGAUUAACUAAUUUAUUUGUGAGAUUCAAGAACCAGGAAUAGAGAAAACUAAUAAAACAAAAAAAAAUGACAAGGCAUAUUAUCAAGUCAGUUACCACCAUGAGCACUUGAAGUAAUCCCACAGGGAAGUAAAACUAGCACAGUGCACAGUGCCUCCCAUUCAGUCCCAACCAAAGGAGAGGCUGGAGUAUUUAGACAUCAGUCUGUGUGAGUCAUUGACUGAAGGUGACUAGCCCUGGGGAGAUGGAGAUACAGGGUUAAUUCUUAGGCUCUUAGAGCUUUGUGCAGGCACAGAACAGGCUUCUAAGAAAAUCUUAGUUCAGAGAACUGCAGAUCUUGAUGGAUGGAAAUUUGGUUGAACACUUUGGAAGUGCUAAGGUCAAGUUAAAUAUAGGCCACAAUAGCUCCUGCUCCAACAGCCAUUAGCAGAAUAAGAGAAAAGCACGCAGACACCUUAGCGGAUAAGAGGGAGGCAUUUGAGGAAAUGCUACAUCCAUUCAUGCAUGACUUAAAAUUUAGAAAACCAAGAACAUAAAACAUUGUAUUAGUUUCAGGUAUGCAGCAUAAGGAUUUUUAAGUUUGUGUACACUGCAAAAGCUUUACUACAAUAAAUCAACUUAACUUAUAACUUAUAAUUGUAUAUAGUGAGAAAUUUUUAUUCUUGUGAUGAGUACUUUUAAGAUCUAUUCUCUAAUCAACUUUCAACCAUGCAACCAAGUAUUGUUAACUAGAGUCCCUGUUCUGUAGAAUUAUGUCCCCAGAAUAUAUUUCUUUUACAACUGGAAGUUUGUACCACAGGACCCACUUUAUCUGUUGUGCUUACCAUCUACUGCAGCUCUGGCAAUCACCUCUCUGUAUCUAUAAAUCUAUGGGAUUGUUUUGUAGCCUAUGACUUUAGAUUACACAUACAAAGGAGAGCCUCUGGUAUUUGCCUUCCUCUGUCUGACUUAUUUUCAUUUAUCAUAGUGUUCUCAAGUUCUAGCAAUAUUGCUAAAAAUGACAAUAAUUACUUCUUUUGGAUUAGUUUAAGGAAUGACCUGGAGUUAGACCGAUUUUGGUGAAAACCAAGAGUAAGAAGGCUGCUUUUCUGUCUAGACCAUAAUUGACCAGUCUUAACGCAUGCCAGGCCUUUCUCUAGGUGGUGAAAUUGGCCGAGCAGGGAGGGAGCAGUACUAUUUUCUCAAGGCUCCCUCUCUCCUCCCCACUUCCCCCGUUACCAGGGACACCAUUACACAGACAGUAGGCAACUGGGAGGAACCUCACUAUGAAACCAACUGUGUAAGAACCCGUGGACCUCAUUCAACUUGCACAUUGACCUGAAUAUCUCAACCUGCGAUGUGUACUCUUGGCUUUUCCUCUUCUGGAGAAGUCCUGUCUUUCUUUUUCUCUCCCCUCACAUUUCUCUUAAGUAAAUUUCUUUAAAUAAAAUAUUUUAAUUCAUUA